GACCCUGCUGGAAUAUUUGAACUGGUGCAGGUUGUUGGAAAUGGGACGUAUGGACAAGUCUAUAAGGGUCGCCAUGUUAAGACCGGCCAGCUAGCGGCAAUCAAGGUGAUGAAUGUUACUGAGAAUGAAGAGGAGGAGAUCAAGCUGGAGAUAAAUAUGCUUAAGAAGUACUCCCAUCACCGGAAUAUUGCCACGUAUUAUGGUGCAUUUGUAAAGAAAAGUCCUGCAGGCCAGGAUGAUCAGCUCUGGUUGGUGAUGGAGUACUGCGGUGCGGGCUCCGUCACUGACCUGGUAAAGAAGACAAAAGGGAACUGUUUCAAGGAGGAUUGGAUUGCCUACAUCUGCAGAGAGGUUCUCAGGGGUUUGGCACAUCUUCAUGCUCACCAUGUCAUCCAUCGAGAUAUUAAAGGACAGAAUGUUCUUCUCACAGAAAAUGCAGAAGUAAAACUGGUGGACUUUGGCGUAAGUGCUCAACUCGAUAGGACUAUUGGGAGAAGAAACACAUUUAUUGGCACACCGUACUGGAUGGCGCCUGAGGUCAUCGCUUGCGAGGAGAACCCAGACUCUACGUAUGAUUACAGAAGUGACCUAUGGUCUCUGGGAAUCACUGCUAUUGAAAUGGCCGAGGGAGCUCCUCCCCUGUGUGACAUGCACCCCAUGAGAGCACUGUUCCUCAUCCCACGGAACCCGCCCCCAAAGUUGAAAUCCAGAAAAUGGUCAAAGAAAUUCCUAAACUUUGUUGAAAGCUGCCUGGUAAAAAAUUACUUGCAUCGUCCGUCCACUGAAACUUUGCUUAAGCAUUCUUUCAUCAGAGACAUGCAGAAUGAACGGCAAGUGCGCAUCAUGCUGAAAGACCACCUGGACAGGACCAGGAAGAAAAAGGGAGAAAAGGAAGAAACAGACUACGAUUACAGUGGAAGUGAGGAGGAAGAUGAUGAGCUGAAUGAAGAUGAAGGAGAACCAAGCUCCAUAGUUAAUCUCCCAGGGGAGUCAACUCUCCGCCGUGAAUUUCUGAGGCUGCAGCAGGAGAACAAAAACCGUUCUGACCCCCUUCGCCAGCAGCAGCAGCUGAAGGACCAGGAGAAGUACAAGAAGCAGCUGCUGACAGAGAGGCAGAAACGGAUCGAGCAGCAGAAAGAGCAGAGGAGGAGGCUGGAAGAUCAUCAGCGGCGAGAGCAGGAGCUACAGAGGCAGCAGGAGUGUGAGCAAAGGUGGCUGGAGGCUAAGGCCCUUCAGAGGAAAGAGGAGAGGUGCAAAGAAGACAAAAGGGCUGUGGAAGAUGAACGGUUCAUAGUAGAUGGACAGAGGAUAUCAGAGAAGAAGCAGAAAGUGGAAGAUGUGCAGCCCAACAGGAAGGUGCAUCGAACUCUCCCCAAAGAUCAGACACAGCUGCUGUCUCUCCAGCAUGACCACAAGCAGAAGAAGAAGGAGCCUUCCAAGAGUUCAAAUUCAGCAGUACAUCCUCCAUCAAGCAGCACAAGCAAAGAGGCCGAGGACCGAAGAAAGAAAAGUGACAGUGCCCAACCUUCCCUCCAGUGGCCAGCAGCGCUGGGGCAUGAAGCCACACCACACGCCAGGGUGGGAUCUGGCAGCAGUUCCAGCCCUUGCACUCCCGCGCCACAGAGAGCCAUGUUCAUACAG